CACAAUUUUGAAAUGUAUGUAUGUAUGUAUGUAAAGCUUCAACCUUGGAUGCCGGGUUAUCUUGUACAGCUCUCAUAGGUAGACAAUUGUUUUCAUGAGCGUCGAUUCUCCCACGUUAAAAUGAAUUGUGAGGAGUUGAAUCAGACUGGUUGUCAAUCGUAUACUAUACCUACAGUUUUCCCAGAUGUCGUAAGUACAAUAAUAAUAAAACAAUAAAAUUUUGUUCCGUCAAAACCUUUUCGAUCUUUAAAGCUUUGGAUUCUCAUGUCAGAAAUUAUCACCUUUAAACCAGACAUAAAUCAUAUAAGAACUACCAAACACUAAGUCUGAAGUCGGUGCUGCCAAUUAUGACGACGACUCAAGCUGUUGUUAAUGGCGGAGCAAGGAGCCAUCCAAUCGCUCAGAUCUUGCAUCACUGUACUCAAAAUAAGAAUCUAAGAGGUAUUAAGGCAAUUCAUGCUCACCUGCUAAUAACAGGGCUAUUCUCUUUCACCCCUACUCUGCAGACCAAGAUUAUUUUCGCGUACGCCACAUGCCUUCCUCAGACAAGCAACCUCCUAGUCCGGACCUUAACGAAUUCUUUGAAAUGCCUCAAUCCCAGAAACCCUUUACUCUUCAAUUCGAUCAUCUCUGGUUUUUGUGAAGGUGGGUUUCAUUCACUUGCUUUACACACCUUUUCUUUUAUGCAUUUAAAUGGCGUUUACAUAGAUUCAUACGCGCUGUGUAGUUCCUUAACGUCUGCGUCCUGCGUCCGAAGCCUUAAGUUUGGGCAAAAAGCUCACGCCUUUACAGUAAAAUCCGGUUGGUUUUCCAGUGUGUAUGUCGGUUGUGCUAUGAUCGACUUAUACGCGAAAUUGCAGUGUAUCAAUGAUGCAGCACAGUUGUUCGAUGAAAUUCCUGUGAGAAAUAGUGUGUGCGCUAAUGCACUAAUAUCAGGCUACACUGAAGCUAAGAUGUGGGCUGAAGCGCUUGCAUUAGCUAGAAAGAUGCCGUCUUUAAAUUUAGAGUUGGAUAAUUUCACUUUUUCAGCAGCUUUACGUGCCUGUGCUGGGCUCUCUGCGGUUGAAUUGGGAAUGCAGGUCCAUGGUUGUGCUAUUCGUAAAAUUCAUGAUAUGGAAACAGAUGUGUUUCUGCAAAGUCUGUUAAUUGAAUUGUACGGCAAAUGUGGACUUGUAGAGAAGGCAAUGCAAGUAUUCAACAUGGCAGGGUUUCCACAGAGAAGGGUGAGAAAUAGAGAUCUUGUUCUUUGGACUUCAAUGCUUGGGGCGCUUGGAAAGAAUGGGAAUUAUGAACAAGUGAUUAGGUUGUUCAGAGAAAUGGUAGCUGAGGGAAUCAAACCGGAUGGUGUGGCAUUUUUGACCGUUAUCUCAGCUUGCAGUCACACUGGCCAAGUAAAUCUCGGGAUGGAGUAUUUUGAAUCAAUGGCUCGCGAUUAUGGCUUGGAACAUAGUCCCGAGCACUACAGCUGUCUGAUUGAUUUGCUUUGUCGAGCAGGGGAGUUGAACAAGGCAUGGAAAAUGGUAGAAGAGGCAUCCUCCAAAGGGAAUAGCAACUUCACUGUGUCCAUGUGGGGGGCCUUGCUUAAUGCCUGCAAUGAUUGUGGCAAUGUUGAAUUGGGUAAAUUUGCAGCUCAAAGAGCCAUUGAAUUGGAUCCUAAUAAUGAUGGGAUAUAUGUUCUACUAUCCAACUUAUAUGCCAGAAACUGUAUGUGGAAUGAGAUCGAGCAACUGAGGGAAUUUAUACGAGGAAAGGGCCUAAAGAAAGACAUUGGUUCUAGUUGGAUAGAUAUUGUGAAUUGAAUUAGAACAGUUCUUUGACACUUUGACAGAUUCACAAAUCAGAAGCUGGUGCUCUGCUACUAUAACUAUUUUCUUACGUUCCAUGUACAUCUAAGCAGUCCAAGCUCAUUAUAAAGGUCAAACUCAAAGCAACGUAAGGGAAGGAUGAUGUGCCUUCCUUAUCUCAGUUUACUAUGGUGCCAUGAAAUUAAUAAGAAGUUGCUUUGAUUUUCAAGAGAGAUAACUCGAUAGACAUUCAACAGUUGAUCAUGCUAAGAUAUGCUAACUGGAAAACGCCUUUUAGAACAUUAACAAAUGCCCAAAGAUCAUAAAUUUGAUCAUCUGCUCUACCUUCAUUCAGCAAGUUUCAACCUUGGAAGUCAAUGGCAAAGAAGCAUGAUAACUUGGCAUCACGGUACCAUUCCAAAUUCUCAGAACGUGCCCAAUUAUAUGAAAAGGUACUCCAUCUGCAGGUCUUUUUGAUGCCUAAUGUAUGGUCAUUUAUAGUUACUAAAUUCCCUGUGGGUCCUUCAAAAUUAUUUUUUGAUGUUUCCAUAUAUUUGUAGUUUCAUUUCGUACUAUAUUUUCCCAAUCUUUAAUUUAUGUGUGGAGGACUUCAUACAUGUUUGAUACGUGAAUAGUAGUUUUGUUCGCUCCUAGCAUAAAACGAACCAUGUUAGACCGGGUUCUGCCUGCAAAGCUCGACUCUUACUUAGUCCAGAGCUCUUCAACAUGAUGCAUGAACACAUAGCAACCUGCUUACCAUUCCUCGCCCGGGCUCAUGCAGAUGGAGGGUAAUGUUCGUUUCUUACUUUAAGGGGAGCAGAUAACCAAGAAAAGCAGGAAAUGAGGUAAGUUUUACGAGUUGGGGUGGAAGUUAAGUUUGAGGAAUGGAAUGGCCUGGGGACCAGAGAGAUGAUGUUAAACAAGUAGUUGCAUGCAAGUUGCAAGUAGUUGUGGGUGAUCUGGUAAAGGCUUGGAGAAUAUUGUCUUGAGUGGUAAGAUUAGCAGGAAGAGGGGGCAAGAGUAACGUGGCCUUCAUGUGCUAUACGGAAGGUUGAGUCUCCAUCAAAGUAGAAUGAGCAAAUGUGGUUGGUGAAUUAUUAGUUUCUUUGAUGCACUUGCAAAGGGACCACAUUUCUUCAUCUCUUCAUCCACUAUUCCUGCACUCCCAUUUCAUUUGCUGAGAGAUCAAGCUAAGCUAGCUACUAUUAUGUGGUAGGUUGCAUUGUAUGUGAAUCACAUCAACAUAAGUGCAUAAUUUUAGUUUCUAAUCAUAUUGUGGUUCAACAUAUGUAAUUGACAAGCUGUCACAGAU